AUGUCCUUGCCCGCCACCACCUCCGCCAACAACCCCAUGGCCACUGGGAGGGUGGUGGUGGCGGCAACGACCACAACAACGAGGAUACCGAGACCCUGCCACGGGCUAUUGCCUGUUUCAUGCUCGCGCUCGAGACGGACGGAUGGGGCAAUUAUCGCAGUUUGA